UUGAAAUUUUAAUAAAAGUAAUUAAUAUAAAAGGAAAUUAACACAGAGAACAAAUUAAAUUCAAGGCUUUGUGCGGAAGUUCUACAUUUUAUUAUGGAGGACGAAUUACGUUGCCCGACAUGCAAACAGCUUUUUGCUAAUCCAGUUUUAUUGCCGUGCUUCCACGCCCUCUGUUUGGGCUGUGCACUUGACAUACAGACAGCGUACAUACCAGGCGUCGCUUUAGCAGCAGCAGUUAACGCCGGUGCCGGAGUAUUGCCGCCAGUACCGAAUGGUAAUAGCGCUGCUGGUUGUGCUUUGCAUGCCGUACAUACCACACUGCAUGUACACAGUACUGGCACUUCGCAUUCGGGAGCACAUCAUACACACGGUCCGGCACAUCAUCCACCAUCGACCAGACAUUCAUCAAAUAGUUCAGCUGCGAGCACUGCUAGCUCGGCUACUGGUAGCGAAAGUGUUACAUCCGAUCAGGAUCAGGCCGAUAAGGUUAGCAUAUUGAGUGAAGCCGAUUCAGGUGUGGUCUGUUGUUCGAAUACUUCACGUCCGGUCUCUUACGCCGGGACUGCACAUUUGCAAGGUUUAUUGCAGGGCGCUGCUGUAGCACCACCCGGUGCUGCUUUCUGUCUUACUUGUCCACUCUGUCGUAAGUUGGUGUUCUUUGACGAGGGCGGCGUACGUAAUUUACCACCAUAUCGCGCCAUGGAAUCGAUUGUCGAUCGUUUUUGUGCACGUGAAGCAUUACGUUGUCAGAUGUGUGAAACUGAUCCGAAGGUCGCUUCAUUGGUCUGUGAACAGUGUGAAAUACGCUAUUGCGAUGCAUGUCGUGAGCUCUGUCAUCCGGCGCGUGGACCGCUGGCCAAGCAUAAUUUGGUUAAGCCACGUGGCGCUGCACAGCAAAGAGAAUCCGUUUGCGGUGAACAUGCAGAGUCAUUAACAGUUUAUUGCUUAAAUUGUAAAAUACCAGCUUGCGGAAAAUGUAUGGCUGAACUACGUCAUCAAGGACAUGAGGUACAACCAAUUGGCGCCACUUGCAAAGCACAAAAGACGGAACUUUCACACAAUCUGCAACAAUUGUCGGAGAAGGCACGUUCCACAACGGAAUUCAUACAGCGUCUAAAGGGCAUGAGCGACAAAGUAACGGAAUCCUGUAUAGAGUUCGAAAGACUGGUUACGGCACAAUGUGAAGCCUUAAUACAAGCCAUCCACGACAGACGUGAAUAUUUACUGGAGGCUAUACGCAUGGAUAAGGAUACGAAAAUUAGAAUAUUAAAGGAUCAACAAUCAAAUUGUACUGGCAAAUUGCAACAGACUACAGGACUCAUACAAUUCUGUAUUGAGGCACUAAAAGAGACUGAUAGUGCAGCAUUUUUACAAGUUGGCUCCAUGUUAAUCAAUCGCGUUGCUAAUACAGACAUGACUUGGCAUCAGGAAGUCACCAACGCAGCACCACGAGUUUCUCCAAUUGUUGACUUGACUUUGGAUGAUGCACCAUUAUUGCGUGCCAUUGAUAAUUUGAAUUUCAUACAAAUGAAACCUGUCAAAGAAGGAGAUGAGAGAUUACCAGCAGCGCCAUUGACGCCUACAAUUAUACCAGAAGAUUGCUCGGCCGAGAAUAAUUCCGUUACUGUGGCGUGGCAGGCGCCAAAUCACUCGUUCGUCGUUGGAUACGUACUUGAAUUGGACGAUGGCAAUGGCGGUGAAUUCAGGGAGGUUUAUUGCGGCAAAGAAACAAUUUGCACCGUUGACGGACUGCACUUCAAUUCAAUGUAUAAUGCGCGCGUCAAGGCUUUCAAUAGCGCCGGUGAGGGUGAAUACUCUGAACUAAUUGGACUACAAACAGCAGAAGUUGCUUGGUUUACAUUUGAUCCUGUUUUAAGUGGUGGCGCUGGUUCCGGUCUCAUUUUCAGCAACAACAAUUCGACCGUAUCAGUUGAGGGCUGGGAGCAUCGUGUUGCUUUGGGCUCUGUUGGCUUCUCACGUGGCGUACAUUACUGGGAAUUUACGAUUGAUAACUACACGGCGGACACGGAUCCGGCAUUUGGUGUUGCACGCAUUGAUGUCAAUCGCAAUAAAAUGCUCGGUAAGGAUGAAAAAUCAUUUGCUAUGUAUAUUGACCGUCAGCGUUCUUGGUUCCAACAUAAUUCUGUACAUGAGCGCCGCGUUGAGGGUGGCAUUAGCACUGGCAGCACCAUUGGCGUUUUACUUGACUUGGAGCGACACACCCUGAGUUUUCUGGUUAAUGAAAUGCCACAAGGCUCAGUGGCAUUCCGUGAUCUCUAUGGUGUUUUCUAUCCAGCGGUAAGCAUUAAUCGCGGUGUAACAUUGACUUUACACACAGCAUUGGAUGCACCAAAAAUGGAUUAUUAUUAAGUAGGAAACGAUCAGUUAAAUCCCAAAAAUAAUAUAAAAUAAUUUGAUACACACAGUAAAGCUUGAAAAAUUCAUUCCUUUACACUGAAAAAAAAAAUAUAUUUUCAACACAUUUAUUGAAAU